UAUAUGUAUUUUCCCUUGUCAUACCCCAGACACGCUCUGUAACGUACAGUAAUUCUCUGUUUUCCAGGAGGUUAGCUCAACAUACUAAAGUCGUGUCUUACUCUUAGCAAAAUGUGGACUCUUUGUACAUUCGCCGUAAUUUUGGUUGUGUUGGCAGGUCACGGAUCAGAAGCAGGUGACUGCUGUGGAAGUUACACUGAUGGAAAUGGUGAUUACCAUAAGGCUGAGCUAUGUGCAGAUUAUUGCUGUUUAACACUAGCAAAACAAUACAAGCAGUGUUGCAAUGAUCCUAUGAGGCAGAUUCCAGCAACACAAAAUCAGAAUGAUGAUUGUGUCCGCGACUGGGUUCAAGAACACAUGUGGGUGCCGAUUGUGUCUGGCAUUGUGGGAUUGCUCAUUAUAAUCGGAAUCUGUACCUGUUGUUGUUGUUGCUGCUGUGGAUGUUGCAGGAAGACCCCAGCCCCUGUGGUAAUCCAUACAGCUGCCCCACCUAGCACCACAGUUGCUAUGGCAGCCACAAACCAGUACCAUGCCGGAUAUGAUCAAUAGAUGACCACCAACAACAACAUCAUAUCUAAAAAUAGUAACACCAGUAAAUGACACAAAAAUAAUUUUAGAAAAAAGUGUUUUGAAGUAAUUAUUAAUUAAUAACUGUUUUUCAUCUGAAAGUGAAACUUAACAAGAAAGAGUAAAAUAUAAAUAUAUCAUCAAGAUUUUAAGAUGGUAAGAAGUAACAUGCUUUUCAUGGGCAAUGGAGGAUGCGUACAGUGCCUGAAAAUUUAGAAACUAGAACAUUGGAAUCAUUGUACAUAGGUUUUAUUCUUUGUUUUUCCUCCAGAAUUGAAGAUCAUAUAUGUAGUUAUGUUAUAUUGUAUGUAUCAUGGAUAAAAAUAUCAUCAGAGUCUAAAAUAAGUUUUUAGUUUUAGUAUUAUUAUUUGUUUUCCUAUCAUUUUGUGAAUAUUUUUGUGGUUCUUUAUUUCAUGUCUUGUUAUAAUAUAUCUUUAUGGUCUUAUAAUUAAGGAUUACGGACCCCAAUGAAGCAUUUAAUAUCGGUUUUUGUGGGAUAGUAUCAUGAUUAUCGGAAAGGAGUCUCGCUAACUUUUAGCAGUUUUCGGAUACUUAUUAAUUUUGUAGCAUGUAUAUGUCAUGUACCGUAAGAGUGUUUUCCACUAUGACGAAAUUAUUUCACAUCAGAUUUCAAUAUGCCACCUUGAAUUCAUGUUCAUUGCGGUCCGCAUUCCUUAAAUGCACAUAUUACUCAUGCAUGCCUUGACAUCAAUCAAGAUUGGCUGUUAUAUAAGUUUUUAAAGUGGAUAAUUUCCCAAACAAUUGCGGCUGUAUCUAAUUAUUGAAACAUCUUUAAAGCUAUCUCCUUGCAGAUGAGUGAUAAAAAUAUAUUUAUGCAAGUUUUAGGAAAUGAUAUUUUUUUUUUUUAAUAUUGAAUUAUUCACUAAUCAACAUUGUUGUUGAUGUGAAAUAUGGAGGUGACACAUUCAAAUACUUCAAUUUAGAAUGAUAUUAAUGGUAAUUUAUGUUGGCAGGGCUAACUCAAUUUAUUUGCCUUGACCGAAGUCACUUCAUCUUUAUUGUAUCUUUACUUUAGACAUGAUAUUAGUGCUUUUGUUUAGCUGACCUUGAAAUGCUUAGUUUGUUUAAUGUAACUUAAACAAAAAACAACAAGCAGAUAUUUUCCUCAGUGAUGAAGCUAUUCUAACACAUGGUUGUGAAUUGUUAUGUUCACAUUCUUCAAUAUUUCUUAUCUAUCUUCAUUGUAAAUGUAAAGUUGUUAAAGCUGGCCAGUCAUACAUUGUCACCUUAGUGCAGUAAUGGGUUAACCCCUUAUAUAAUCUAAUAGGAGGUAACCCAUUACUGCACUAAGGUAACGAUUUUAAGUCGUACCUGAAUAUAAUCCAUGAAGCUCUAGUAAAAAUAUUGAAUCCAUGCGUAGAUUCAUGCAAUUGAGUAAUGCAGAUGUAACCUUCAUUUUCUGUGUGCGGAUCAUUUUGCUGUAAAUAUUUUUCUGUAAUCUGUUAUGUCGAUGUUAUAAUUAUGUACUCCAUCCAUCUUAUUAUAUGCUUUUCAUGUAUGCAGAACUUAUGUUACAGUAUACGGAUGAGAUUAAAAUAUUAAAAAAUGACAGUUUGGGUCUAUGGCUAAUAAUUGAGCUACAUGGCUAUUGAGAAACAUCAAGAUUUAAAAAAAAAAAUGAAGUCAGUCCUUUGAAAAUGAUAAACUUGUAUUUCUACAUAUAUUAUGAUGUUUUCGGUCUGUGAAUCAAUAAGUUGGUAGUGACUAAAGAUCACUGAGCAACUUUUUUCUACUUUGCAAUUUAAGUUACUAACCUUUCAAAAUCUUUACUUUAGUACUUGAGUCUGACUGAAUAGCAAAUUUGUUUGGUAUUUUAAUCUUGUCCUUAUAGAAGAGAAAUAAUAGGCCAUUGUUGUGAUUAAGUGGUUUUACUAUUUGUACUUUAUGAGUAGAAGUAGGUAUAUGUAUGUGUAAUAUGAAAACCCCAAAAAUCAUGAAUGGUUUUGUCCAGAUUGAAAGAUGGACAAGUCUAUUUAAGAUAUUUAGAGUGGUAAGGGUCAAAAUAAUAUAUAAAUUGUCAGAAAAAAGUAAAGUUGACUUACUAACACUAUUACACCUAUGUAAAUUUUGUGAAUGGAUUUUUUGUAAAAACUAGACAAGUUAUUUAAAGGCUUUACAAGUCUAUCUUUAUAUAUAAGUAUAAGUCAAUCAGUAAAAUUCUUUGAAAGUUUUCUAAUUGUUUCUUUAUUUCACAAAAAUUUGAAAUUUACUGAAAAUUUACAAGAAAUAUUCAGUUUUAAGUUUGUAUCGGUCGAAGAAUUCAUUAAUACCUACUAUAAAACAGUUUGUUAAACCAUCUUUUGCCUCUCAAUGUAUUAAUUUUUGGAAACUUGAACAAAUAUAACAGGUAAAUUCACACAGUUUUAUCCUUGUACACAUUUGUGCCCAUAAUAGGACAUGGAGAGACCAGUAAAGUCAUUAUUCACCAUUUAAAUAUAUGAGCCGCGUCACGACAAAACCAACAUAAUGGGUUUGCGACCAGCAUGGAUCCAGACCAGCCUGAGCAUCCGCGCAGUCUGAUCAGGAUCCAUGCUGUUCGCUUAUCAACCCUUUUACAAGUAGAGAAACUGAUAGCGAACAGCAUGGAUCCUGAUCAGACUGCGCGGAUGCGCAGGCUGGUCUGGAUCCAUGCUGGUCGCAAACGCACUAUGUUGGUUUUGUCAUGACGCGGCUCAUAUGUAAAGUGCGUCGUAUUACCUGAACAAUGUCUAUGUGAUAUAAACCGCGACAAAAAGAAGUCUAUAAAUAUCACAUUUCGUUACCAAUUACCAAUAUAAUUUCAAAUGCUUUUAAAGGGUCUUAAAUUUGUAAAUUUUCGGCCAUUAUAAGUAGAGGAGUUAAGAUUUACAGCAUUGAAAUCUUAACAUACUAUAAACACAACACUCUUUGUUUGAUGGUAUGUAAAUUUUGUGAUAACAGCCCUUUUGUUAAAAACAAGUGUUUAUUUGUUGAAAGGUCAACUAGAACAUAAAUUAUUGUCUUUUGUAGCUUUCGUACAAUUUCUUUGGUUAUUGUUGAAUUGCCGUCUAUAAAGUUGAAUGAAGAUUGUUUCUAAGGUGCCUUAUGCUUUUUAUAUCAGUGAAAUUAAUAAAUAUUUUUAUUGCCUAGAAGUAUGUAUUAGAAAAGGAAGUGUUUAUGCUCAUGUGUAAGUGGUUGCGUUAAAUGUGCAUAUGGUAAUUAAAUGAUCAACUGAUUAUAUUUCUGAAGUGUCACUAUUUUUAUUUCCUUUAAUACUUUGGCAAAACUAUUUUUAUAAGUCUUUUCAGCACAAGAUACAAACUAUACACGUGUGGGCAGGUCUUAAGAUUUUUUCUCUCUUUUUAAGUAUAUGAAAUUUUACUUCAAGAAUGAAGAGUGUUUUCCCAUUGUAAAGUCAAAUGUAAAGAUGAUAGUUUAUUUGAUGUAACUAGAUACUUUAAUAUUCAGUUUCAACACAAUUUAAAUAAA